UGUCGAUUGCACAAAGCCUAUAGCGGGGAGGAAACAGAAAGAUCCGAUCUUUUCUCUUCUCCUCGAGCUUGUGCUUUGAUCUCUGUUCCUCUAUCACGGAAGAGAUGACGAACAAUGCGAUGGUUCCGGAGCUUAUGCGGCACCCCUCUGCUUUGAUCGAGUUCGAACAGAUCAUGAGUGCCACCGACGGAAAGCAGAUCGUGAUCUUCUUGGACUACGACGGGACCCUCUCCCCUAUUGUCGAUGAUCCCGACUCCGCUUUCAUGUCCGACGCAAUGAGAGCUGCAGUGAAGGAAGUGGCGAGGUGCUUCCCCACGGCGAUCGUGAGCGGGCGAUGCCGAAGCAAGGUGUACGAUUUCGUGAGACUAACCGGACUAUGCUACGCUGGAAGCCAUGGCAUGGACAUCAAGGUUCCCAAGGGAUACACCAAGAAGAAACGACCUGUUCUCUUCCAACCAGCUAGCGAGUUCCUCCCCAUGAUAAAUGAGGUUCAUAGAGCGCUGCUGGAGGAGACCAAGUCCAUCCCUGGCGCCAAGGUGGAGAACAACAAGUUCUGCGUCUCCGUCCAUUACAGAUGUGUGGAUGAAAAGCGCCGGAGUGGGUUGCUAGAGCAGGUGUUGUCAGUGAUAAACGAAUACCCCGAAUUGCGGAUGACCGGAGGGAGAAUGGUGUGGGAGAUCCGCCCUACUAUCAAAUGGGAUAAGGGGAAGGCCUUGGAGUUCCUGUUAGAGUCAUUCGGCUUUGCUGACUGCAAGACGGCAGUGCCCCUUUAUAUCGGAGAUGAUUGCACCGACGAAGAUGCGUUCAAGGUUUUACGGGACAGAGGACAAGGGUUUGGAAUACUUGUUUCGAAGAAUCCUAAAGAGACAAACGCCUCUUAUUCCCUUGGAGAGCCUUCUGAGGUGAUGGAGUUCUUACUUCGCUUGGUGGAGUGGAAGAACCUCUCCUCGAAGGCUCGUCCAAAGGCGUAAACUGUAAGGAGCUCUCACGCUACCGCCCCCCCAUUGACUGUGAUCGGUGCUCAUGUUGUUUCUUGUUAAGAAGAAGAAGACAUAAAGACACCUACCCGCGUUUCAUUUUCCCUUCUCUUGGAGACUUUUUUUGGGCUCGAAAGCACUUCAAAAUAGAGUAGCUUUCUCGCCCCUGGAUGGAGCUAUGUUUUGCAUGUAGAAUCAUGUACAAUGCAGAAAGAAAUAACAGUUCUCCCCUUUGCAAGA